CUCCAGAGAGAAGGCUGGAGACGAGAGAGCGUGAGAUCUCGGCUGCUGCGGUUGAGCUGCCGCUGCUGCUGAAGGGAAGGAGGAAAACAUCAUGAGCUCCAGGAAAGUGAUGGCAAUCCAGGCCCGAAAGAGAAGGCCCAAGAGGAAAAAAGACAAAGCAGCCCACGGAAGGAGGCCUGAGACCCAGCAAAAAGCCCCGGUGUCUGCCCCCACUGCCCCACCUCCCCCUCCAGCCCUCCCUGAGCCGGCUGUCCCCCCAGAGCCAGAGGAGGAGAUAUUAGGCUCUGACGAUGAGGAGCAGGAGGACCCCGCAGACUACUGCAAAGGUGGAUACCAUCCGGUGAAGAUAGGGGACUUGUUCAAUGGGAGGUAUCAUGUGAUCCGCAAGCUGGGCUGGGGUCACUUCUCCACCGUAUGGCUGUGCUGGGACAUCCAGGUGAAGAACUUUGUGGCGAUGAAGGUGGUGAAGAGUGCCCAGCAUUACACAGAGACAGCCUUGGAUGAGAUCAAACUGCUCAGAUGUGUGAGAGAGAGUGACCCCUCUGACCAAAACAAAGAAAUGGUGGUUCAGCUGAUAGAUGACUUCAAGAUCUCUGGAAUCAAUGGAAUACAUGUGUGUAUGGUGUUUGAGGUUCUCGGACACCACCUUCUAAAGUGGAUCAUCAAGUCCAACUACCAGGGCCUUCCUCUUCCCUGUGUUAAGAGUAUUAUCAAACAGGUUCUGCAGGGCUUGGACUACCUCCACAGCAAGUGUAAGAUCAUCCACACGGACAUCAAGCCGGAGAACAUCCUGAUGUGUGUGGACGAUGCGUUUGUCCGCCGCAUGGCCAUGGAGGCCACAGAGUGGCAGAAGGCUGGGGCGCCCCCGCCCUCUGGAUCUGCAGUCAGCACAGCACCACAGGCCAAACCGGUAGGGAAGAUCUCUAAGAACAAGAAGAAGAAGCUGAAGAAAAAACAGAAGCGUCAGACCGAGCUGUUGGAGAUACGCAUGCGGGAGAUCGAGGCCCUGGAGAGAGAGGCUGAGAAACAGAGGGCCACAGAGGGCCCCGAUGGUGAGGGAGACACACUCCCCAAAACACACACCCGCAACGCGGCACUGGGGCCCGCCGUUGCACUGGGCGAGAGUGAUGACGACGACGAUGAUUACGAUGAAGAGGAUGGAGAUGAGGAGGAAGAAGGGGAGACAGAGAGGGAGAGGCCAACCAGGCUAACCAAUCACACCUGUGCAGCCACACCUCAGGAGCAGUCAGAGGUGCCCCCCACCCCAGAGGCAGCAGCAGGGCCAGAGGGGGAGCCCACCCCCAGCACUACCCCAGAGACCGAGACACAGAAUCCCACACCCACCACCACUACACCUGGGGAUGGCAACGGAGCUACCGCGAACCCAGAGGGGGAGGAGGGGGAGAAAGAGGAGGUUAAGGAAGAGAAUGACAAUGAGGAGGUGGAGGAGGAAGAUGGGGAAGAAGAGGAUGACAAUGAAGAGGACUUGGUUACAGCUCCUGCCGAAAAAGAUGAGAAAGAGGAACCAAGAACAGAGGAGGAGGUGAAGGGUGAGGAGACCAAGGAGCAGGAAAAGGACAAAGAGGAGGAGGAGGACGACGACGACGAUGACGACGACGAUGAUGAUGACGAUGAUGAUGAAGACGACGAUGCUGAUGAAACAGAAACAGGCGCUGACGACCUCACUAACUCCAUCUCCACCACCAUGGGACACAACAACAACACCACCAAAACCAAUGGCCAUGUCCUCCUAGGGGUGGAGAGGGACAGGGAGAGAUGUCCCAGAGCCAACCCCCCAGCCCCUACCUCCUCCCCCAUCCCUCUGCACUGCCCCCUGGUAGAGUCAGAGAUCAGCUGCACGGACAGGGAUCAAAGCUCCCUCAGCUCCUCCUACGAGCUCUUCAAUGGCGAGGUGGUCACGCCGGGCCUGACCAACGGGGCGCAGCGCCACAGGGGCACGGCGCCACGCUUCCCUGACCUGCCUCUGGACCCUGACCCGGGUAGCCCCGUCACAGUGGGCGAAGCUGGUCAACCGGGGUCCAGGACAUCCCCUCACAGCCCCACUGCAGACCGCAGUCGUACUGUGUCGUCCUCAAGUACUGGGGACACGCCUAAAGGCCCAGAUCCCCGUGAUUUGCUUGAAGAGGAGGCAGAGAAAAAGUGCCGGAGGGCGAGCUGCAUUCUGAGAAUUCAUGAUGUAGUUCUAGCCAAGGCCAAAGCAGCAGACCUCCUGGUCAACCCCCUGGACCCUCGCAACGCUGACACACUCCGAGUCAAGAUAGCUGACUUGGGCAACGCCUGCUGGGUGCACAAGCACUUCACAGAGGAUAUUCAAACCAGACAGUACCGCUCCAUAGAGGUCCUGAUAGGAGCUGGGUACAGCACUCCUGCUGACAUCUGGAGCACCGCCUGCAUGGCGUUUGAGCUGGCUACAGGAGACUAUCUGUUUGAGCCUCACUCUGGGGAGGACUACUCCAGGGAUGAGGAUCACAUCGCUCUGAUCAUGGAGCUAUUGGGGAAGGUUCCACGCAAAGUGGUCGCCGCCGGGAAGUACAGCCGAGAGUUUUUCUCCAAGAAAGGUGAACUGAGGCACAUCACCAAGUUGAAGCCCUGGUCUCUGUUUGAUGUGUUGGUGGAGAAGUACGGCUGGGCACCAGAGGACGCUGGCCACUUCACCCACUUCCUGCUGCCCAUGCUGGAGAUGGUCCCAGAGAAGAGGGCGUCAGCCGGGGACUGCCUCAGCCACCCCUGGCUCAACUCGUAGCGACACCAGCCCCCCCACUAGUGGCAGCCUCCACAACCUGCUCAAAGCCAGGCACUCGAGGCUGGAGAGAGAGGGAGGGAGGGAGGGUGUGGGGGGGUACACGGGGUUCCCGUUUCUCGGGCCCUCCCUGCCUUGUCCUGAGCACGCCACACACAUACACAUAGGCAUACACACAUACAACACAGAUGCCCACAGAGCCUCAGCAGAAACCACAAAGCUGUCAAAGACCAGACAGAGAGAGGCUGCUCCCCUCCCCAUAGGCCCCAUACAACCCCUCACAGAAAGAAUAGAGGGCCCCAGGAAGGGAGUUGGAUGGAGUCAAAGUCCCACAGUUCUAAACAGGCAGGACAGAGGUCCCUACACAACAUGAGCAGCCAUGGUCGGGACAGUGUCUCCUACUUAGAAAGACCAAUUCAGUCUAAACAGAGACUAAGCCACCCAUAUGAAUGGGUUCUCUGCAAUAUCUUGGCCAGUUUUCUCCUGUCCAGUCUUCUCCUGUCUUAUCCGGAGCAUAAUGGGUUUCCCAUUAGAAGUCAAUAAGAACCUCUGUCAGAAUGCUGACUGUGUGAUUGCUCCAUCUGCCUGACCUUACAGCAGCACAGCCCAAACCUGCUGAGGCAGAAGUGUGUAUAUGUGUGCUUGUGUAUAUAUGUGAGUGUUUGUUAUUAGUGUGUGUCUACACUGCCCAGUCUGUAGGUGUGUGUGAAUGCCCCUCUAUUACAAAGGAGAAGCAACAACACUUCCAGAUUAGGAGUUGCCCUUUUACCCUACUCUUCCUCUCCUCUCAUCUCCCUCCAGCCCCUGCCCCACUCCCCUCUCUGUAGGGGUACCUCAGGCCCCUGCUCCCCCCUCCAUGCCCAGGACUGAAACAGUGUCACUGAACUGUUUACAGCCCCCACCCAAAGCUCCAGUCACCUGCCCCGUACAGCCCCCUCCCUACCCAGCCACCAACACUGAGCUGCAUGCCAGUCCCGGGCCACUGCAGAGACACGGAGGGCAGCCAGCCCACCAGGGGUCUCCAGAACUGAAACGCUGCCACACAGACAGACAAACAGGGCACGGAACAAACAAAGAUCCUAAAAGACUGAUGAUCGAUGAACCGGACUGCUUCUUCUGUAAGAGUGAAAUGCAUGGAGAGGCUGAUUGAUUGACAGGACGGGAUGAUGAUGAUGGACAGGUGUUACUUAGUUGUGCGUUUCAUUGGUUCAUUUGUUUUUUAUCUAUGUUUUUGUUUUCUUCUCCUGUCUUUUAUUUUGAAGGUGAAGGUGCCACUUGCGCUAACCUUUUUGGUGCCUCGUGUGAGGAUAGCGAAGUUCCUCAUCUUCACUUUUUCAAAUCGUUCCUCCCUUUAACCUUUGACAUUCCUGAUCCAGUCACACCAUUCCUCUCUUCCUCUGUAUCCCAAAAACAAGAACAAUCCUUGAGUCCCUGUGGCGUGGCAGCUUUACCAUAUCUGAUUAUCCCCCUUAUUACCUACAGACGAAACUCUCCAUCUUUGAUCCUGAGCUUCUCCAGAAGGGGUUCGUCAAAUGGAGGUUGCACUUGUCUUUGUAGGAUGUCGUUCAGGGAUUUACCUUUUAGUCAUUUAGCAGACGCUCUUAUCCAGAGCGACUUACAAUUGUGAGUGCAUACAUUUUACUUUUUCGUACUGGUCCCCUGUGGGAAUCAAACCCACAACCCUGGCGUUGCAAGCACCAUGCUCUACCAACUGAGCCACACGGGAAUUACCUUUGUACAUAACUCUAAGAUCCGGCUCCGGAGAGACGAUCGACCGACAGAUUUGAAACAAAUGCACGCAUCAUUCCUAAAAGAGGCUGUCACGGACACUGGCCUGCCCCCCCAUAGCAGACAGUGGCGAGAGGCUAAACCACUCUGGAUGCCACUAAGUGGAAUGUGAAACUGCGCCACUUUGUGGCUGAUGAGGGUACUGCAUUGAUGCAGUGCAGCAUCUCUCAGUGCCAAUGCUCCAAACGUUCCACUCCACUGCUCUCUCACGCUCAUCACAAUUAAGAGUCCAGUUGCCUAUUUUUCGCAAUAAAAUUAAAAUAAGUAUGUAAAGGGGGAGAUAUUUUUAAAAUUAUUUCAUUUAAUGUAAAAAAAAAAAAAAUUAAAAAGAGGAAAUAAAGAAGCAAAUUUCUCUGUUGUGACAGUGACCGAUUCUCGUCCUAUUGAGGUGAUUGUGUUGGUUUGUUUAGAGAUGUUUUUCAUUUAUUUUGUCAUUAUUAUUACAGUCAUUAUGAUUAGUUAUUUUCUACUCAGUUGUUACCUCUUCCUCCCCUACUCUAUGGACAACGCUGCUCUGUUUGGACUUGUGACAGUGAAGAACAUUUUUUUCAAUUAAGAUUUUUUUUUUUUUUGUCACCAAAAGUUCCUGAUCGCACUCUUUCAGCCAUGCUGACUGUUCUUCCUGACAGAAUUGUGUCUCUUGUCUGUGUUUUUCAUUGACAGAUUUAAUAAAAUUGUAAAUUAAUGGA